AAAAAAAAAAAAGGAAAUAUACCCACCCCCAAACGUGCCUCCCAGCGCCGCAGGGAGCCAACAGACACGCUGGAGUUUAGCAAACAGCAAUACUCUUCGCGCUCCUGAAAAGCAGGGCUGGACGCUCUCCGUGGUGCUGAAACGCCUCGCAGCCGCCGCUGUCCGUGGUAUCUAUAUCUACGGCCCCCUCGCUCCAAUUUCCCCUGGGGCUCUCCCUCCGCGCCCCUGUUUCCCGCCUCCCCUUAACAUCUGGAUUAUUUUUUUCAAUAGCGCUUUCUGGUUUUGUAAGUGCCAAUUUGAAACAUUUUUGCCACCAUAACUCGUGGACUACAAAGCACAAGGACCUGAAAAAUGUACAGCUUCAAUACUCUUCGACUCUACCUUUGGGAGACAAUUGUAUUCUUCAGCCUUGCUGCUUCUAAGGAGGCUGAAGCUGCUCGCUCCGCACCCAAGCCUAUGUCACCCUCGGAUUUCCUGGAUAAGCUAAUGGGGAGAACCUCCGGAUAUGAUGCCAGGAUCAGGCCCAAUUUUAAAGGUCCCCCAGUGAACGUGAGCUGCAACAUUUUCAUCAACAGCUUUGGUUCCAUUGCUGAGACAACCAUGGACUAUAGGGUCAACAUCUUCCUGCGGCAGCAAUGGAACGACCCCCGCCUAGCCUAUAAUGAAUACCCUGAUGACUCUCUGGACCUGGACCCAUCCAUGCUGGACUCCAUCUGGAAACCUGACCUGUUCUUUGCCAAUGAGAAGGGGGCCCACUUCCAUGAGAUCACCACAGACAACAAAUUGCUAAGGAUCUCCCGGAAUGGGAAUGUCCUCUACAGUAUCAGAAUCACCCUGACACUGGCCUGCCCCAUGGACUUGAAGAAUUUCCCCAUGGAUGUCCAGACAUGUAUCAUGCAACUGGAAAGCUUUGGAUAUACCAUGAAUGACCUCAUCUUUGAGUGGCAGGAACAGGGAGCCGUGCAGGUAGCAGAUGGACUAACUCUGCCCCAGUUUAUCUUGAAGGAAGAGAAGGACUUGAGAUACUGCACCAAGCACUACAACACAGGUAAAUUCACCUGCAUUGAGGCCCGGUUCCACCUGGAGCGGCAAAUGGGUUACUACCUGAUUCAGAUGUAUAUUCCCAGCCUGCUCAUUGUCAUCCUUUCAUGGAUAUCCUUCUGGAUCAACAUGGAUGCUGCACCUGCUCGUGUGGGCCUAGGCAUCACCACUGUGCUCACCAUGACCACCCAGAGCUCUGGCUCUCGAGCAUCUCUGCCCAAGGUGUCCUAUGUGAAAGCCAUUGACAUUUGGAUGGCAGUUUGCCUGCUCUUUGUGUUCUCAGCCCUACUAGAAUAUGCUGCCGUUAACUUUGUGUCUCGGCAACAUAAGGAGCUGCUCCGAUUCAGGAGGAAGCGGAGACAUCACAAGAGCCCCAUGUUGAAUCUAUUCCAGGAGGAUGAAGCUGGAGAAGGCCGCUUUAACUUCUCUGCCUAUGGGAUGGGCCCAGCCUGUCUGCAGGCCAAGGAUGGCAUCUCAGUCAAGGGCGCCAACAACAAUAACACCACCAACCCCCCUCCUGCACCAUCUAAGUCCCCAGAGGAGAUGCGAAAACUCUUCAUCCAGAGGGCCAAGAAGAUCGACAAAAUAUCCCGCAUUGGCUUCCCCAUGGCCUUCCUCAUUUUCAAUAUGUUCUACUGGAUCAUCUACAAGAUUGUCCGUAGAGAGGAUGUCCACAACCAGUGAAGGGUCUGAAAGGUUGGGGGAGGCUGGGAGAGGGGAAAGUGGGAAUAGCACAGGAAUCUGAGAAACUAAGGAAGAGAAGGGGAAGAGAGGGAGGGGGCACACUUACGCAACUCUCUCUGCAAUAUGUGCAAUAGCAAAAUGCAGUGAUGCAUGAAUUUUA